ACUAAAUUCAAAUUUUGGGCUUACACAAACCAAAACACAGCGUUAGGCGAAGGAAACCAGAGUACUACGAGAAAAGUCCCUCUUUAUCCAUUCCUUCAUACACCAAAAAACAAAAAGUUCGGCAAAGCAUUUUUCCUGUCUCUUCAUUUCAAGAUUCGAUCAUUUCCCAAGUUCCCGAAAUUCCUCUUUUUUCAUGGAACAGAUGCAAUUUAACGAGUACCCAGAAACCCUAAAUUCAAAUUCCUCAGUCAUAGGGGUUUUUGACUCCGAGAAAGUUUAUAACCCGAGUCAGGAACCGAAAGAUUCUGUGAUGGUCGAGAGCGUUGAUUCUUUGGCUGAUUCGGUGAUUUGUGACUCGGAUUCAAGAUUGAUAGCGUCUGGAUUUACGAUAUCCAACUCUGCAGAUGAUUAUGUAAUGUUUGUAAAUGCUGGAGGGGAGGCUUUAAAUGAAGCAGCAGAUUCUAGUAUUAAAUUUCUAGGGGACACAUUUUACGAGGGUGGGAAUGUUUUAAGAACCAAUGAGCACAUAAAGGAUGCUGGGGAUUAUCCAUUCAUCUAUCAGUCAGCACGAUUGGGCAAUUUCAGUUACCGGUUCAAUAAUCUUCCACCCGGAGACUAUUACAUAGAUCUUCAUUUCACAGAAAUCAUAAACAUAAACGGACCCAAAGGAAUGAGGGUAUUCAAUGUAUUCAUCCAAGAAGAAAAGGUUCUUUCGGAUUUUGAUAUUUUUGCUGCUGUUGGAGCCAAUAAGGCAUUGCAAUUAGUUGACUUGAGGGUUUCUGUGAAGGAAGAUGGAGUUUGUCUGAUAAGAUUUGAAGGGGUUAUUGGAAGCCCGGCAGUUAGCGGGAUUGGCAUUAGGAGAGCCCCAAAGGUCGCAGUUCCAAAGGUAGAACGUGAAUGCCUGAAAUGCAACAACUGUGCCGCUGAAAUAGAAGUUCCUUCAGCUCAGAUGAAACUUCUGCAAACAAAGUCCACUACCAAAUAUGAGAAGAAGAUAGAAGAGCUCACCACACAAUGCCAACUUAAGGCAAAAGAAUGUUAUGAGGCAUGGAUGUCAUUGACCACAGCAAAUGAGCAGCUGGACAAGGUCAGGAUGGAAUUAGACAACGCGACAUUUAAGACACUCUCUCAAGAUCAAGCCAUGGAGAAACAAGCUACUAAAUUGAGAAAUAUCUCAAGCAGCUAUGACAGAGACAAGAAGCAGUGGGCAGUGGCAAUCAAUGAAUUGCAAGAAAAAAUUAAGCUUAUGAAAAAAGAGCAUUCUCAACUUUCACGUGAAGCACAUGAAUGUGCUGAUUCAAUUCCUGAAUUGAAUAAAAUGCUUGAAGCAGUUCAGGCAUUGGUUGCACAGUGUGAAGAUCUCAAAAUGAAGUACAGCGAAGAGCAAGCCAAGAGGAAGAAGCUCUUUAAUGAGGUUCAGGAAGCUAAAGGGAAUAUUAGAGUCUUUUGCCGUUGCCGUCCAUUAAGUAAGCAGGAGUUGGCAGCUAGGUGUACAACAGUUGUUGACUUUGAUGCAGCAAAGGAUGGAUGUCUAGGAAUUCUAACAACUGGCUCCAGAAAGUCCUACAGGUUUGAUAGAGUUUACACACCUAAAGAUGAUCAAGUUGACGUGUUUAUGGAUGCUUCACCAAUGGUGAUUUCUGUGCUAGAUGGCUAUAAUGUUUGCAUAUUUGCUUAUGGGCAAACAGGAACUGGAAAGACAUUUACAAUGGAGGGAACUGAGCAAAACAGGGGAGUCAACUAUAGGACUCUUGAACAGUUGUUUAAAAUUGCCAAGGAAAGAAGUGAAACUUUUACGUAUGACAUAUCUGUUAGUGUACUUGAAGUAUACAAUGAGCAGAUUAGGGACUUGUUGGCUUCAUCACCAGCAUCGAAAAAGUUGGAGAUAAAACAAGCGUCUGAAGGGUCUAAUCAUGUUCCUGGGAUUGUUGAAGCCAAAGUUGAAAACAUUAAUGAAGUAUGGACUGUACUGCAGGCUGGAAGCAAUGCAAGAUCUACUGGAAGUAAUAAUGUGAAUGAGCAUAGCAGCCGAUCUCACUGCUUGCUUUGCAUAAUGGUGAAAGCUAAGAACUUGAUGAAUGGUGAAAGCACCAAGAGCAAGCUUUGGCUUGUGGAUUUGGCAGGCAGUGAGAGGCUUGCAAAAACUGAUGUCCAAGGAGAGCGACUCAAGGAAGCUCAAAAUAUCAAUAGAUCUCUUUCAGCUUUAGGAGACGUAAUAUCUGCUUUAGCUAACAAAAGCAAUCACAUUCCUUACAGGAACUCUAAAUUGACACAUCUACUUCAAGAUUCAUUAGGGGGCGAUUCAAAAACUCUGAUGUUUGUGCAAAUAAGCCCUUCAGACCAGGAUUUGGGUGAGACUAUAAGUUCCUUAAAUUUUGCAACACGAGUUCGUGGAAUUGAGUUGGGUCCUGCCAAGAAGCAAGUUGAUACAAGUGAACUUCAGAAAAUGAAACAAAUGCUUGAAAAAGUAAGGCAAGAAGCUAGGUCCAAAGACGAAUAUUUGAGGAAGCUAGAAGAGAAUUUACAAAACCUAGAGAAUAAAGGCAAAGGCAGAGAUCAAAAUUACAAAAUUCAACUAGAUAAGAUCAAAGAACUUGAAAGCCAGCUUGAUUUAAAGGCAACCCUGCACAACCAAUCAGAGAAGCAAUUGUCACAACUUUCUGACAGACUGAAAGGAAGGGAAGAAAUCUGCUAUGAUCUCCAACAAAAGGUAAAAGAGUUAGAGGGCAAGCUUAGAGAACGUCAGCAGUCAGACUCUGAAAGUUUUCAACAAAAGGUCAAGGAUCUUGAGAACAAGCUGAAGGACCAAGUGAAGGAGUCAGAGUCUCAUUCUGCUAUCCUUCAACAGAAGAUUCGCGAGCUUGAGAGAAAAUUGAAAGAUCAGGAAAGAGAGAAAGAAUCCUUGCAUCAUCAGAAGAUUAAAGAGCUCGAGGAAAAGUUGAAGGAACAAGAGCUACAGUUACAGUGCACUCAUGAUUUUGUCGACGCAACAAAGGCUACGCCUGCUGAAAGAAAGAUGAGUACGAGAGAUGAAUUCAUGAGUGAUAUAGAAUCUCAUAUCUUAAGGAGUUCAAACUCAUUGAUGAAUCGGCCUAAGAGUCAAGGUUCUAAUAGAGGGAAUCAUUCUAUCCAUGAGACAACAAGAAGGAAAAGAGAGUUCAAAAGUGGUGAUACAGAGAACAUUAUAAUGGUAUCAAAUUGUUUAAAUGAUAACAAGGCUAGGAAAUCUGACCCACCUAAGAUUGCAAGAAUUAUGAGAACAGCAAAGCCAUCCACUACAACUGCGGUUCAAGGGCCCUUGACUCACAAGAGGGUUACAAGAGAUCAGGUGCAAGGACUGAAGGAUCAGAGGGGGGAUGCUAAGAAAAAAAUUUGGUCAAGGUAGUUAAUCAAAUAUAAACAAACCAACCAAGCCCUUUUGUGUAGUCUUUCUAUAUACAUGAGUUUUAUUUUAUUUUUAAUUUUUUUAAUUUUUAUAGAUAUAUAGAUGUAUAACUUGUGCAUUAUUUUUCCCAUAAAUCUCCUUAUCACUAUGUAGGUAAUCUAAAAUUAAUUGUGCACUAUGUAUUGAUAUUGUAUUCAUAUAAUUUAUUUAGUGUUUAUUUUU